CUCUUGAUCGUUCUCCUUAUCCAACCUCGACGCUCACUAACGUGUGGAAUUUGAUGACUUGUUACUCUCAUGAGCAAGUCAAGUUUCUCAAGAACGGUUCGAUACUUCAAACGGAUGGACUGAUUGUGGUAAGAAAUUUGCGAAACCUGGUCACUAAGUUCGUUCGUUUAAGAGUUGGCACCGAAAGGUUGACAGCAAUCUACGCGAUUUGGGAAACUCGGAUUUCCAAUUCGUCCAUAAGGGAAUCGUUGCAGAGGGCCCUUGCUGACAAGCAUGCAUGCCAAUUGGCGACCCCUCCUUCGAACACAUCGACUGUCAGCAUCAGACCACCUUGCCCCCAACGCAAACAGUAAUUUCCAGACGCGGCGUGAUAGCUGGGCUACUACCGGCCCACUUCUUCGGAUCAUGGCCGGCCUUGAAAACAAUUACCAACUUCCAGCGGAAGUGUUCACGAAGCAGCUGCCUUGUAUGCAAGUUCUAGUCGCAAGUCAAACUUUUGUUUCACGAACUUCGCACUUGGGGAUCAUUUGUUUAGAUUCGUCUCGAAAUUGAAUUGGGUUUGAAACGACUUUAGUUCGAGACUUGACAAAGACUCUGAAGCCUGUGAAAAAUUAGUCCGUGAGGUGGACGAAAUAGUGAUGGCUGAAGAGCAGAGUGGGAACGAAAUUAACGUGGAGACAGUGGCGCCAAUGGCGCCCGUGAUGUAUCGUCGCACUGCCAUUAGCGGUGAUGUUGGAGUAGAGAAGCCUCAUGUACCACGAGCGAUGGAGGCCACAGGAGGCGACUAUCCCCAAGGCACUCCUGACUACAACCACAAUGGCUAUUCAGUGCUUCAGCAGCACAUAGCCUUUUUCGAUCGGAACAACGACGGCGUUAUCUAUCCGUGGGAGACUUUCCAAGGAUUCCAUGCUCUUGGAUUCAAUUUCAUAAUAUCUUUUAUAGGCAUGUUAUUCAUACACAGUGCCCAAAGUUACCCUACUCUUGAUUCCUGGAUUCCUUCAUUAUGGUUCCCAGUUUACAUCAAAAAUAUACAUAGAGCAAAGCAUGGCAGUGACACAGAAGUAUACGAUACGGAGGGCAGAUUCGUUCCUUACAAAUUCGAGGAGAUCUUCAGUAAAUAUGCUAAGACCGAAAAGAAUCGAUUGACAUUUUCUGAACUCAUGGAAAUGACUGCUGCCAAUCGAAACGUAGCUGAUCCUUUUGGCUGGAUUGCUUCCAAAGGUGAGUGGAGCGUGACUUUCUGGUUGUUGAAGGACAAAGAUGGCCUAAUAUCCAAGGAGUCAAUCCGUGAUAUGUUUGAUGGCAGCAUUUUCAAAAAAGUAGAGGAGAUGAGAAAAUCCAAGUCGCAGUGAGAGAUCUUUAUCAAGUUAAAGAUAUGAUUUUUUUUCAUUCAUUGAACCAGUAAUUAUGAUGUCCCUGACGAGAUGUGUUGACUUCUCAAAACAUGAAUUCCUCGUUGCCGUGGUAGUCCAUGUGAAUACAUUGUAUAGUACUCACGAGACAAACUAGUCCUCAGAUAUCGAUCUCAAGUAGUGACGGCGGUCAAACGGUGAUGAAGUUUCAGCUAGAUGUAUUUGCAGAAGAAACAGUGAAAUAAUAUGUAUUCUAAGUU